ACAAACUGCAGUCUGCAAGCCGUAAUACUAUUUUUAGUUAGAUGAAAGUAUUCAACCCUGUAAGCAAAUGGCAAAGCUACUUUUAUUUGUUUAGCGGGUAGUUGACAUGGGGCUCCGUUUAAUUUGUUUCGGACCCAAACACACCCACGCCCCUCAACAAAAAUCGUUUGCGACUUUGUUAAUAGUUUAAGUGGAUAAAUCGAAUAUACUGCCCCUUUUUUCUUUUGAUUCGUCCCUGAUUGUCGAGAACCAAAUCCUCCCCUUUUCUGUCCCUUGAACCCGAAACAGAGACCCUUCUUCUCAUCUCAUCUCUAUUUUAUUACGACCUCUUGUUCUUAACUUCAUUUCUAAGCUACUUCUCUCAAGGUGCAUUUGCAUAUUGCUGGGCACAACCAAACUGUAAAAUGGCACAUUUGCUGUCAACUUCAUGCUCGGUAAAGAUCUCCUCUAGCUACAAACCUUGUGGUCAACCUCUGAAUCAGGUUCGAACAGCACUUCCUACCUCUUUUACCAUUCAGACUUCCAAGUCCCCCUUCAAAAGGCUUGUUCUGCAAGGAGAUAGGACGGGAAGAGGUUGUGUGGUUCGCGCAACUGCUGCCCCUAUAAGCCAAGAAUUUUCAGCUCAACCCAGGUCUGGUUCUAAUCAGUCCCCAAAUGAACCUUCAAAGCCUCAGCGGGUCAUGGUUAUUGGUGGAGAUGGCUACUGUGGUUGGGCUACAGCCCUUCACCUGUCCAACAAAGGUUACGAGGUUGCAAUUGUCGACAGCCUUGUCCGUAGGCUCUUUGACCACCAGCUUGGUCUUGAUUCCUUGACACCCAUUGCCUCCAUCCAUAACCGACUCCGAUGUUGGAAAGCUAUCACUGGAAAGACAAUUGAACUUUAUAUUGGUGAUAUUUGUGAGUUUGAGUUCCUAUCUGAAACCUUCAACUCAUUUGAACCUGAUGCUGUUGUCCAUUUUGGAGAGCAGCGGUCUGCCCCUUAUUCAAUGAUUGAUCGAUCAAGAGCUGUGUUCACUCAGAAGAAUAAUGUGAUUGGAACACUUAAUGUUCUUUUUGCAAUAAAGGAAUUCAGAGAAAAAUGUCAUCUUGUGAAGCUUGGGACAAUGGGAGAGUAUGGAACUCCAAACAUAGAUAUUGAAGAGGGUUAUAUUACUAUUGCUCACAAUGGAAGGACUGAUACUUUGCCUUUUCCGAAGCAAGCAAGCUCUUUUUAUCAUCUCAGUAAGGUUCAUGAUUCAAAUAACAUAGCCUUCACUUGCAAGGCUUGGGGAAUCAGAGCCACUGAUCUGAAUCAAGGAGUGGUUUAUGGGGUAAGGACUGAUGAGACUUCAAUGCAUGAAGAGCUAUGUAACAGGUUUGAUUAUGAUGGAGUAUUUGGAACAGCAUUGAAUCGGUUUUGUGUUCAGGCUGCUGUUGGUCAUGCCCUUACUGUUUAUGGAAGGGAGGCCAGGUGAGAGGGUUACCUUGACAUAAGAGACACAGUUCAGUGCGUUGAACUUGCCAUUGCAAAUCCAGCACAACCUGGUGAAUUUCGGGUCUUCAAUCAAUUUACUGAGCAGUUUUCUGUCAAUGAACUUGCUGCCCUCGUAACAAAAGCCGGAGAGAAGCUUGGACUUGAUGUGCAAACCAUAACUGUGCCCAACCCAAGAGUUGAGGCAGAGGAACAUUAUUACAAUGCAAAGCAUACUAAACUCAUUGAGCUCGGACUGAAACCGCAUCUCCUUUCAGAAUCUCUUCUUGACUCAUUGCUUAACUUUGCUAUUAAGUUCAAGGCUCGGGUGGACAGAAAACAGAUUAUGCCCAGUGUUUCUUGGAGAAAAAUUGGGGUGAAGCCACUGACUGUGCCAGCUAAUUAAGUGGUCGACAGAUGUAGAUGAGAGAAAGUUCCUGUUUAACUUGUAUCUUUUUGGCCUUCGCAGAUGUUGCUACAGUCCUUUAAACUUUUCAUGUCAAGCGUGGUUUGUAAUGUGCUCUUGGAAGCUAAACUUAGUGAGGAAAGUAGUGUGCACUGUACUGUGUGCCAGUUUUUGUAUUUAUUUGCUUGUAGCUUGAUGGGCUGGAAAAUAUUCAAUAAUUACUGCAAUAUAUCCGAAACCUACAGAGCAUAAAUAACUAGCCAUAAGCCGC